GAUGUUAAUAUUUAGUAAAAUCGCCUUAAAUUAUAGAAAUAUUAACAUUUUUUUUUUUAACUAAAAUCACAAAAGCACAUAUUGGUUCACAUAUAACUCUGUCUUCAUUUGUAUGUUAAUCUAUAAGAAUUUGGGCUGAUCAAUAUUAAGAUUUUGUCAAAAAUCCCCCACCAUGGCCCCGCCCUACAAACAUCAUGCCCCGCCCCCCAGCAGCCCCUAGAUAAAGUAUGUUUCCGCAUCUAUGGUUCAAAAUUAACCUCAUAACCUAAAAGUAGAUAAAAAUUUAAUUGUUUAUUUAUUGCUCAAGAAUUUCCCUUCUGAGGUCAAUUUUUUAUUAGGUUUUAUUACACUUAAUUAAGCCACUAUUCUUUUCAUUUUGGACUGGGAAAGGAUUUUUACUUCUGGAAGUUCUAGAGUAGGCUAUGUUAACAUUUUAUGUCACGCUCAUAAAAAAAGAAAAAAAUAAUAAAGGGACAUGUUUGAUCAUGUUUCAAUAAGUAACACAUUUAGUUUUUAGUUAAUCUCCAUUUCAAGACAGAAGUAAAGUGGGUUAAUUUUUUCUCCAUUUUAUCCCCUGAGUUCAUGUUGUGUUUGUAACUAUGGACAACAGUGACAGGUGUGGGGAGGGUUACCUCAAAUCUGAGAGUAUAUAUGAACAAGUCUGAGCUGCUUCUUCAUUUAGGGAGUUAGAUGGGCAUAUAUAUGUUCAUUUGACUUUGGAUAUUGGUUUUUACCAAACUAUAAUUUGUAAAAUUAUUCUGUUUAUACUUUGGUUUAUAAUUGCCUGCCAUCAUACAUUAUAUGUUAUAAAGAAAAUCUCAGCAUCUGGAGCAGACGUGAUGACUUCAAAUGAAACUCAAACUGAGAACAUCCUUCUCUGCUAUCCACUCCGACCAGACUCCUGUCCAAAACUGCAUUGUCUUACUGUUGUUAAAGUGGCAAUGUAUGUGUUAAUGCUGCUGAUGAUCCUCACAACAGUUUUUGGGAACCUGCUGAUCAUCAUCUCCAUCUCUCACUUCAAACAGCUUCAGUCUCCAACUCAUCUGAUCGUUCGUUCUCUGACUGCCAGUGACUGUCUGCUGGGCUCUUUGGUCAUGCCAUACAGCAUGGUGCGAUCUGUUGAAGGCUGCUGGUAUCUGGGAGAUUUUGUGUGUAAGGUUCAUUCUAGUUUAGACAUGAGCUUCUGUAUCUCCUCCUUACUGCAUCUGAGUUUAAUAUCUGUUGACAGGUACUGGGCCAUUUGUGACCCUCUGAGGUACAAAAUGAGGGUCACAAACAACACUGUGACUGUUUUUACAACCUUCAUAUGGCUGUUUUCAUUUCUCUACAGUUUUUAUGUUGUGUUUUCAGGUGUAAACACAAUUGGUUUGGAGUUGUUUAUCAUGCAGGUUUAUUGUGUGGGAAGUUGUGUUCUGUUUUUUAACAAGCAGUGGGGUCUUAUAUGCCCAAUUCUCACCUUUUUCCUUCCUGGGACAAUCAUGAGCUCUCUGUAUUUAAAAAUCUUUCAUGUGGCACGAAAACAUGCAAAGGUUAUGUCAGAAAGUGUGACUGGAGGGUUGAAGAGCCAAAGCUCAGCUCACAGAGAGAGAAAAGCAGCUAAAACUCUGGCUAUUGUCAUGUGUGUUUUUUUGUUCUGCUGGCUGCCGUAUUUUACGGUUACUGCUCUUGACCCUUUUUUCAAUUUUUUCACCCCAGCUGUUGUUUUUGAUGCUCUAAUUUGGUUUGCAUAUUUGAACUCCACUUGUAACCCCUUGAUCUAUGGUUUUUUCUACCCUUGUUUUCAGAGUGCAUUUAAGAUUCUCAUUUCCACUUACAUCUGUGGCAACAAGGAUCCAAACACUACUACAUUUAAAUGAACAAGGUCAAAUGAAUAACCCCAAAAUUAUCAUAUUACUUUUUUCUGUAAUUCUUUUCUAUGGCAAUGCAUUAAUUUAUUGAUUUAUUUAUUUUUAUUGGGUGCAACAGGGCUGAAGACAUACCUUAACCUGGUGAAUCCUAACAUAUGAAAUUAUUGUCAGAAUUUUUUUUUUUUCGCCACUUUUUCGGUGCACCCAAAGGUCCAAAAAAAAUCAUUAAUCAAGUGACAUUUACAGAUUGUGAUUAAUAUAGCAUUUUUUUUUAAACGUUGAAUCUAUUUAUUAUUUUCUGAUUAGUCCAUUUAUCCUUACCAAUCACCUUAGUUAACCUUCCAAUAAAUAAUAACCAUAACUUUUGCCAUUCUACGAUCUUCAACAUUUUUAUGAAAAAAAGUGCAAGAAUUAAAAGGCAUCUAUAAGCAUUGAUUUACAGUUCAGAGAUUUAUAAAAUGAUAAAUUGCAGCCUUUAAAACCAACUUUUUUUGGUUUGUUUGUUUGUUUUUUUUUAAGAAAAGG